CUUGUUAAUAUCAUUGUCGUGAUAUUUGUGAAGUGGCGGCGAGCGUUGUGAAGCAGGCGUACAGCACGUGUUAAAGAGUGAAAAAAUAAAACUAAUGUGUCUAAUUUCAGCAUGAUAUUUUCUGGCUGCUGAACCGUUCGGAGGGGUGGGAAUAAACCUGAACGGGUUGCCUGCACAGAGUGUUUAUGGAGUCGAGUGUGCUGUUUGUGUGAUAUAACACAGGAACUUUCUCCUCAGUGCCGAUUCCAUGUUGACUUAGUUUUGGAGACAGUAAGAAGGAUAUUUUAAGAGAGUGAAAUUGUUAAAGGGUGUUUGUCGCUGGUCACAGCUGCUGAAAUGAGUUUCUUCCUCGUGCUUCAAUGCUACUUUUCCAGUUGGAUGCCGUAUAAGGAGAGCUGUGUUCAGUCUUGAUGAAGAGCAUCACUUCAUCCACUCCUGACUUCUACCUCUACAGACUCUCAGUGGCUACGCUUUUCUACACAUAUUUUCUGUCAUUUUCUUUUUUCAUGAUGAUUCAUUUAUCAAUUUUAUAUCCAUUGUCAAAGCUACCAUUUUUUUAAGGCUUUUUCUCAAGAAAAGGCUGAUUCCUGCCUUUUCCUGCUAAAGUUUUCAGAAAAAUUGUAUAUUUAGGUUUAAACUUUUUCUUCUAUUUUUCUACCAUACAUUUUGUUAGUUUUCUUUAUUCAGUUUAUCUUUCUACUUCUGUCUUCCUCUGCAUCCCCAUCAUUUCUGUCAGAUACACCUGUAUGACAAUAUUUGACUUUAAUACUGUCUCAAGUUUUCUUUAUGGGCACAAACUGAGAAUAAACAACAGUUUUCCUCUGUUUUUCUUCCCGUCUUCAAUUUUUCUUUUCCUAAAAUUUUACCAUCCCUGUUGAGGGCAAAGCUCGAAGCAAGCUUGGCUGCCAAACUUGAAUCCCACUCGGCUGUCUUAGUUGUUUUCUAUUUUGUCACAACAUGUGGUCUACCUUUUUGGUGACCGAUGAGGACGGCCGCACAGUGGGUCCGGCGGCGGCAGGAACAGUGGGAGGUGCACUUGGAGGAGCAGCCCCUGGUCCGGGAGGUUUGACCAACCUGAUGACUGGACGCAGUACGUUUGGGGGGAACAAGCGCCGUAGGACGACGUCAACAGGACACACCAUGAGUGAGGCCCAGGAAGGGAAGAUCAAGUUGGCAUUCUUCGUGGCCAUUGUGGGCGUAGUCCUGACAGUCCUUGGGGUGGGGACAGAGUUCUGGGUGGAGCUGGCCCCUCCCAAGAGUUUCUAUGACAACCAGACAUGUCUGACGGCUCACUACGGCCUGUGGAAGGGCUGCACCAAGACCUUGUGGGUGGCUGAUAUCGACCCAGAGAGAGAGAGCUGUGGACCUGCUGAACUACCCGGAGAAUCAAACUGCACCUACUUCAAGUUUUUCACCACGGGGGAAAAUGCUGUGAUGUUUCAGAAGACAACGCGGAAGAAUCUGAAUGUAGCUGCAGCCAUGUUGGCCUUGUUCAGCUUGUUCCUGAUGGUGAUGGGGGCCAUAUGCAUCACCAUGUCUCUCAGUAAAGAGAUCCUAUUCUUCCUCAAGCCAGCGUCUGUCUGCUUCAUUCUGUCAGGUGUCAUGGUGCUUCUCUCUCUAAUGGUUUUCCACCAGUCUGUCCUGGCCUUCCUGGCCAGCAACCACAUGGUUACUCUUCACCACGAGCUCUCCUGGUCGGUGUCAUGCAUGGGCUGUGCGGGGGCUGUCCUCAUCGUGGGUGGGAUCCUCUUCCUGCUGCUGGCGCUGCCCUACAGCCCCUGGCAGAGGUGUCUCCCUCAGAAGGACAGCAGCAGCUAGUGGCCCGGAGGUGGUAUUGCACUUUAUCUGCCCUUUCUGUUUGUGAGGAGGGAGGGUGCAGAGGGGCGUGGAUGUUUCCCAAAGCCAUCUUAGCAUUGAGAGAUUGCUUUUUCGUUGAACUUAAAGGAAUCACAAGCAUGUUUAUGGGAGUGAUGGGAGAUUCACUGACAUGUACAGAACACUUCCUGUCUACAUCUUGUCACUACAAUAUUCUUGUUUAGUAUUAAAUAUCUUUUUUUUUAUCACUGUUUCGCAGUGAGCCAUUCUGGAUCCCUUACUGUAGAUAAGCACACAUUUUCAUUUAUGACUCUAUAAUUUGACAUAAUAUCAUUAAAAUUUAUCCUGUUAGCCAACAUAGAGAUAGCUAGGUUGUUAAAGCUACAAUGCCAUGUUACAGUGAAAUAUCCCUUUUAAUGUUAUGGAAUAUGGUGAUCUUAAUGCUCAGAUGUGGUUGGGAAACAGUCCUGUAUUGUCUUACUAAUCAUCCUGCAGGGUUUGGAGGCAAUUUACUGUUAGUUCAUUCAAUAAAUCAAUACGUCCUUUGCAUAAUGCAAACUUUUAAAUACUAGCUAUUCCAUUCCUUUGAUGUGAACUCAUUGUCAAACAGUACUUAAUAAAAACACAGUUUUAGAUAGUGUAGCAGCUAAAAGAAGUGAUUUAAGUCAACGGUUCAAAUGUUACUCAUUCUGGGAUGGCUAGCUAACAUGUUAGUAUUUGGCUAACCUGAAUGCUAACAUGCUUAUAAAGCAUGUCAUAAUGAUAUAAUAUUAAAAUGUUGGUUAGUUAAGUUAUCCACCCUUAUUUAAAGAGUACAUUUAUUAUUACUGCUGGUAAUUUAAACCAUCAACUAAUUAACCUUUAUUUUCAUUGAAUGCCUGUUGUCCGAAUGUGCGAACAGUAGGCCUAGAAUUUAUUGAAUCCCCAAGUUAAAGAACCAUUCAAAGUUUUAGAUUUUCAAAUAAGACAUUUUUUUGUGUCUGUUCAUUCUGGGAAAGUCUCGUAGAUGGACAGAUCAUAGGCAAAUUAUUUGGACUAAGUGUACAACAAAUAUAUAACUUUAAAACAACAUUGACUUAAACACUGUAGUUACUGUAGAUCAUUUAGUGCUUUGAUUACUUUCAUCUGUUGGAUCACAGCCACCUGUCUGCUCAGGUAACAAGACCAUCAACACCCUCAAAAACAAAAUCUAUACUGAAUGAACAGUUUAUUGACCUCCAAUCUGAGAACCUCAUUUAAGAAACUCAUUUUUUUUCAGUGAUGUGUGAAAAAAGCAAUAUUAUGUUUGUCCUCAAUACCUUCCUGUCUGCAGAGCUGCCUUUCUACUGUCUAAGUUGGAUGUUUUGUUGUUCAUCAAUUAACAUUGAGAUAGACAUUCAUUUGACAUUACCUGCAUAUUCAUGUGACAGGGCUCUAAUGGUAUAAAUACAUUAAGCUUUUUUUCAUUUAUCAUCUAUUUUCAUUUAUUUUACACUAUAUAUUUAUUAUCUGUGUCUGGUCAUGCAUUGCAUAGGUGAUGCGACAUACAUUUUAAGAAGAGUACAUAUGUAAUAUUUAAAAUUAAGUGUUUGGUAGGUGCUACACUUUAUGAAUUGUUUGACAAGCAGAUACAACUAGAAAACAUUGUAAAGAUUUAUAGUGGAGUAGAGGGAACACUGUUAAAUCAGCUAAAAGUGUGAGAUGCUGCCAUGUUCUUACCUUCAGUGUUUUUCUUGGAUGAUUUAUGUUAGAACAAAGUGCUUGUGUGCGCCUAAAUGGAAGGUGAAUCGUCUCUGCAAGUUUUUUGAACUGAAUCAAUUGACUAAGAAUGACUUCAUUUUAUUAUUAAACAUGACAUGAAUAUUUAAUGUCAUCCUCUCUCAGGUUCCAUUUCUCUCUUAUUCUGCAUUCUCAACACGUUCUCAGCUUACAGUCACUGCCACCUCCAUAGUUGGUUUUAGGAACCGUCCCACUUUACACCUCAUGAUAAAAAUGCUAACCAGCUACAUAUUUGAUAUGUCCUCUUUUUUUGCUGGAAUUUCAUCAGUUUAAAAUGUUAAACAUAAAAUAUUACAUAUGUUAAAGUAUGAAUAGUGAAAUACUACUAGUCAGAACAAAUCAUCAGUCAUCAUUUAGAAUAGUUUCCAUAUUGUAUUUCUGAAAUAUCCACAAAUCUCUGUGAACUAGUCCUAAACUUCUGAAACCCAACAUAAACAACAUUCUUCAUGAACUCUUUGUUGAACAGAUCACUAAAGCCUAUAAAUAUAUCAUCAAAACCGUCCAAUGCAUGAGUUCCCUGUCAGCCCAUGUAACAUAAUGGCUUUUUAUGUAGUGGCAAGGGGAGGGAAACUCGAUUACAGGUGGCAUGUGAGUGGCAUGAUGUGGCAUUAAUUAUUCUUUUUACAACUUUGAAGUUUCGGCAGAGACGGUAUAGUACAUUUCCAUUUGGAUUUAGUCAAAACCAGCCAUUUAAAAUAUGUUUAAAGUUUAUUAAUUUUUAGCAAUGCUGUUGGUACACGUGGUAUUUUGUUUACGUACGUGCAGCACAGUGCUGUCGAUUCAGGUGCUGAAUUUAAAUGGAGCGGAAAUGCCGCCCACCUGGCUCAAACUGGCACUGUGCCGGUCAGGUUUUCGGAGCUCACCUAAUGUUGACACUUUUCUUUGUAAGGAGUAAAUCCUAACAGGCUUUUUAAAUGCAGUACAUAUGUACAAACAAAUUACCCAUUUGAAUUCAAACUAUGAUGAAAAGAAAAAACAACUGUCAUUGGCCAUAAAAAAAUCACGUAUCAGCUACUUCAUGAUCAUAGGAAAUUCCAUCAUUCCUCACUUUAACCUUUUGGAUAUUAGAUUUGUGCCAUUUUCACCCUUUAUAAGACAGUAAACUAUCAAGAGCAGCAGGAAAUGAGAGGAGUGAAAGAGGCUAUGACAUACAACAAAGGUCCAUGCUAAAUUUGAACUCAGGAUGUUGCAGUUGAAUGUUACAUGCUGUAAUAUGAUACAGUACAAACUUAGACUGCCAGACCACGAGUAUGGCCCUUUUACCUUCUUCUUUAUAUGAGUCGUAUACGUUCAAGUCAUAAUUCUGAUAAUUCUGACAGCAUCUGAAGGCAGCAUAAAAAGUAGAUUACAGGCAUUUGGCAAUAUUAUCAUGUUACAUGCAGAGCUGAAUCAUCUUACAUUAUUACUUUCAAAUCAUUCAACCAAUUAUGGUCUUUGGACAACAUUUGGGAUGAUUGUAUGACACUGAAGAUCACUGAGGUAAACAGAUAAGAGUUACAAACAGUGAUAAGAAUGCUUUUAGGUGUGUUUGGAUUUCUCUGACUUGUAGUUUCUGCUCCUCUUCGCCCCCCCCUCCCUCCGCUAACAUUACCGCUGGUUCAGUUCUUGUUAUCUUGCUCAGAGCACAUCUCAGUCACCACGCUGACCUCCUUUCAGGCUCAAGUCUCUCUGAAGUGUCUCCCAUGCUGUUUGGCUGCGACCUCCUGGCUAAAUAUAGACCGUGGCCAAUAGGACUGAGGUAGCAGGAGAAACACAAACCUGAAGACAAGCUGUGCACACAAACACUCUCAAAUUCACUUGUUCAAAUGCACGUGUGCAGUUACAUUCGUUCACACACAGGAUCUCUGCCCUGGGAGCGCAGGAACGCACAAAUAUAAUGAUACACACUUAAGUGUUCACAGCGUGAGCACAA